UAUUGUUGUAUUUUAAUGCGUCAUUUGUCCGUCAUUGUUGUUGGUGAAAUUCGCCAGUCGUAUUUUUCAUUUGAAAAAAAAAGCAAACAAAUAAAGUGAAAAUUAUUUUUAACAACAUUUAGGGAGGCAAAGAGUUCUUAGUAAAAUUUCAACGAGCGUCAGUCGCAAUUUAAAGGAAAAAAAUAUACUAAAUAAAAUUUUAAGACUAAAAAUAAAGCUUCCAGAAAAAAAGUAGUGUAGUGGUUAAAAAAAAAGUUGAAUUUUUUUGUGAAAAUGUCUACGGCACCACGUAAACUGGUGUUGGUUUUGCUGGUUUGUGGCCUUGUAAUAGCUGCUCCAAUAUGUGAAGCCAAAAGGGCUUUGGGAGGCAGUAAUAGGAAAUCUUCCGGUGGCGGUUAUACCACUAGACGUCAGCCUACUAGUGUUACUAAACCUAGUUACAACACUAAUAGUGGAAGCAGCAGCAGUAACUCACAUGCCGAUGCUGCGAAAUUGAGCUAUCCCAACUAUAACUCGCAACCUAAUCGUCCUGCUAGUGCUGGUGCUCCGUCUACUAAUAAUCAACCAAUUGGUUGGAAUGUACCCAAUCAAGGUCAUGCCGGUCCACCACCAGCAUAUUCUGCCUCGAAUGUUCCUGGAGGAGCUAAAACUAAUAUGCAUGAAGCCCCACCGGUAUAUCAGAAACCUAAUUAUGGCGCUGCUCCCCCUAGUUAUAACCAGGCCACCGGUACCAACUACGGAGCUCCUCAGUACCAUCAACCAGGCGCUUUACCAGCUGGUGCAACAUAUCAUAGUCCCAAUAAUCUACCACCAGGAGCCACUUACUAUAACAGUCCUUCUCAUGUUCCCGGUGGCUAUCCGGCUGGUGGUUCAUAUCCUGCCGGAGGUUAUGGUGGUGGUUAUCAUGCUCCAGCUGGCUCUAAUUAUUAUCAAUCGCCUCAAAACUUGCCACAAGGUGCUACCUACUUGCCCGCUGGUAAUGCUUUGCCACCAGGUGCUGUUCUCUAUUCCUCACCACCUCAGCAAACUUCUUCCGGUUUAGGUUUCGGUUCUGGUUUAGCAGCUGGUGCUAUAGGCGGUGCCAUUUUGGGUCAUGUUCUUACACCUACCCAGACACGUGUAGUUGAACAGGCACCUGCUGCCGCCGCUGCAGGUGGUAGUGCCGAUGGUGGUCACGAUCGUAUUAUAAUUAUUAACAAUGGUCAAGUAAUGAACGCUACUACAGAUGCCAAUGGUGUUACUGUGGUAAAUGCAGGAGAAACACCAGCCCCUGGUGCCGCUGCUGCUGCUACCGGUGAAACCCCAGCACCUUUGGCCCCUAUGGCUCCUGUACCAGCAGCUGAUAUGCCUCAAAAUGCUACUAAUCCCGGAGAAACCCCUGCAGCCGUAGCCCCAGUAGCGGCAGCAGCUGCUGCUGAUGGUAGUCCAGCAGCCCCCGCUAAUCCUGAACAACCCCCAGCUGGAGGUAUUAUUUGUGUGCCAGUACGUGUCAAUCAAACCGAUCCAAAUGAUGCCACUAAAAUGGUAGAAGUUGAACAAAUAGCCUGUUAUCCAGCACCUCCACCACCAGCAGAACCACAAGUAGCUGCUGAAGCAGUUAAACCAGCUGAAGCUGCUGCUCCUGCCCCAGCAGAAGGCUCUGCUCCCUUGGCUCCCAUGCAACCCAUAACCGCUGGUUCUUCUUCACAACAAUUGCAGCAAGAGUCUACCUUAAUAGGAGAUCAAACUAUUAAAUCAGCCGAUAAUGCUGCAGGACCUAAGGAAAAGGGUUCUUUAGCCAUACUCAUGUGCUUCUUGUUAAGCUAUUUGGUAGCUUAUUAAUUAAAGGAAAUUUGUAUUCCCACAAACAAAAGCUAAAAUCGAACAAACUAUUUGUAUAUGUGCAGCUUGCUCAUGUUAAAUUAAUUAAUUAAUUAAAGAAACCGAUCAAAAACGAUACAAAUUGGCGUAACUUUAACCAUUUCAUAAAAACAAAACAUACUUUUUUAUUAUAAUAUAAUUGUUAUCUAAGUGUUUAGUCAAAUUGCACUAUUAGCUUAACUAAAACGAAUAUUUGUAAUUCCUAACAUGUUUAUUAGCAAUUUUAAUUAACCUUGAAUUCGAAUACUCUUCGGUUAUAUAUACAUAUAUUAUAAACUAAAACGUUAAAAAAAGAACAUUUAUAUAAACGUGCUUAAAAAUACUUAGCAGUAGCUGCAUAACAUACCUCAAUAUAAAAGCUUUAAACUUGUAUGUAUUACCUAAAUGAGUGUCCAUUUGUAUAUAUUUUGUUGCUAUUUGUUAAACUCAAAACUUUAUUAAACUUCCUUUUAAAUAGUAUUCGUUUAAAAAACCAACAAAAAAGACACACAAGAAAAAAAGUAUUGUUUUUUUUAUUAUACUAAAGGACUAGACAGACUAGGGUCUCCAACUAAAAAAAUAAUCAAUAUUUAUUAUUAACCCUGUUACCAACACCCUAAACAACUGUUAUCAAAUUUUAACACCUUUUUUUACAAAAUUUUACUAACACCUCCCCCUAUUCUCCCACAAAAAAAGUAUAAUUGUAAUUUAAUGGCCUUAUGAGUAAAAACUGUAAUUAGGGAAUUUUUCAAAUAUCAUAUUUUUUUACAAUACUUUAAUUUAAAUGUUGAAAUAUUUUUCUUUUUAUUAAUAAACUUGUUAUUAUUAUUAUUGUCUAUUUACGUUGGCAGCUUUAUUUUUUAUUAUUGAAUUAACUUUCUAAUAUAAACGUUAAAUAUCAACUAAUUUUGUCAAAAUUUAUUUUUUCAAUAAAUUUGCACUUUAAAUUAAUAAAAAAA